CUCUCCCGCCAAUUGCCGGGCGCCAUCAGGCAGGUCCUUUCCGCCUGAGCCCAAACCAUCCGCUUGUCGUCGUCCUCCAAUCACAGCGGCUCAUCCUCAGGGACUACUUUGCAAUCGGCGCAGAGCGCAGUGAGAAGAGCUUGAGAAAUACCUGUGGUAUCGGGAAGUGUAGUUCAAUACUUGAAGGAAACGCUUUGGAGAUUGCGCCAGAACCAGGGCAGCAUAAACUACAGUUCCCAGAGAGCGCCGCGUCGGGAGCGGAGCCUUUUCUCGCUAACACCGCUCGCCCUCUCCAAGUCAGUUCCGCAGUAGAGGUGACCUGACUCUCUGAGGCUCAUUUUGCAGUUGUUGAAAUUGUCCCCGCAGUUUUCAAUCAUGUCUGAACCAAUCAGAGUCCUUGUGACUGGAGCAGCUGGUCAAAUUGCAUAUUCACUGCUGUACAGUAUUGGAAAUGGAUCUGUCUUUGGUAAAGAUCAGCCUAUAAUUCUUGUGCUGUUGGAUAUCACCCCCAUGAUGGGUGUCCUGGACGGUGUCCUAAUGGAACUGCAAGACUGUGCCCUUCCCCUCCUGAAAGAUGUCAUCGCAACAGAUAAAGAAGAGGUUGCCUUCAAAGACCUGGAUGUGGCCAUUCUUGUGGGCUCCAUGCCAAGAAGGGAAGGCAUGGAGAGAAAAGAUUUACUGAAAGCAAAUGUGAAAAUCUUCAAAUCCCAGGGUGCAGCCUUAGAUAAAUACGCCAAGAAGUCAGUUAAGGUUAUUGUUGUGGGUAAUCCAGCCAAUACCAACUGCCUGACUGCCUCCAAGUCGGCUCCAUCCAUCCCCAAGGAGAACUUCAGUUGCUUGACUCGUUUGGAUCACAACCGAGCUAAAGCUCAAAUUGCUCUUAAACUUGGUGUGACUGCUAAUGAUGUAAAGAAUGUCAUUAUCUGGGGAAACCAUUCCUCGACUCAGUAUCCAGAUGUCAACCAUGCCAAGGUAAAAUUGCAAGGAAAGGAAGUUGGUGUUUAUGAAGCUCUGAAAGAUGACAGCUGGCUCAAGGGAGAAUUUGUCACGACUGUGCAGCAGCGUGGCGCUGCUGUCAUCAAGGCUCGAAAACUAUCCAGUGCAAUGUCUGCUGCAAAAGCCAUCUGUGACCACGUCAGGGACAUCUGGUUUGGAACCCCAGAGGGAGAGUUUGUGUCCAUGGGUGUUGUCUCUGAUGGCAACUCCUAUGGUGUUCCUGAUGAUCUGCUCUACUCAUUCCCUGUUGUAAUCAAGAAUAAGACCUGGAAGUUUGUUGAAGGUCUCCCUAUUAAUGAUUUCUCACGUGAGAAGAUGGAUCUUACUGCAAAGGAACUGACAGAAGAAAAAGAAACUGCUUUUGAAUUUCUUUCCUCUGCCUGACUAGACAAUGAUGUUACUAAAUGCUUCAAAGCUGAAGAAUCUAAAUGCCGUCUUUGACUCAAGUACCAAAUAAUAAUAAUGCUAUACUUAAAUUACUUGUGAAAAACAACACAUUUUAAAGAUUAUGUGCUUCUUGGUACAGGUUUGUGAAUGACAGUUUAUCGUCAUGCUGUUAGUGUGCAUUCUAAAUAAAUAUAUAUUCAAAUGAAA